CGACAACGUCAUUUUCCAACGACCAACCCAUCCGUUUGGCCAUGGGUCGGACGGACGGUGGGCGUGGCUUUUUCGCGUGGACACCGCGGUGGACACCGCGCGUGGCUGCCACGUGUUGCUGCUUGCUAGUGCCCUUUAGUGCAUUCAGCUUUGUGCCACACUUUAACCUCCCGGGUGCCCUGGACGGACGCGGCUUGCGACGCGGCACGGUGCGGCGAGCCUCCGAGAGCCUCCGAGAUUGGAGAGACUUCCGCGCCAAACUGGUGCAAGGCUCUCGGAAGACUACGGGCCUUGGCACACGCGAAAGCAGUGGCUGGGCCUAUUCCACUGACCUCUUGGAACAGGGUUCCGUGCUCCUCUCUGUACCAGGUGACUAUUGGGCACUACGGCGCCAAUACUUUGCCAAGGUGGUGAUGCUCAUCGUGGAUCACCACGAGAAGGGCACCGUGGGAGUAGUCUUGAACCGCCCCACGCAGCUGACGGCAGCCGACCUGGACUUGAGCGAGUCGGAGCUCUUCACCGACUCCCUCUUUCAGUUCUUCGGUCUCACGCAAGGUCUCAAGGACUGGAAAGUCUGGUUCGGCGGGGAUUGCGAGGGCUUGGAAUGCGCCGAGAAAGGUGAGCGCCCGCGGCACUUUUGCCUUCACACCUUAGAACGGUUCGCUGGGAACAGCAACCGGGUGAUGAAAGGCAUUUACAUCAUGAACUUUCGCCAAGCGAAGUUUCUGGUGGUCACCGGUCAGGCGAAAAAGGAAGAUUUCAUGCUGGUCGUGGGCUACACAGGGUGGUCCAGAGGGCAGCUGCAGGACGAGUUGAACCGAGGUGAUUCCUGGGUCCUGGGUGCCGCGGACCCCGCGCGGCUGCUGGGCAGCGAGGAGCUCCCCUUGCAGGAACGCCUGGAGCAGCUCUCGGCACGAGAGGAGGGCGAAGUGAACGACCUGGGUGAUGGGGUUCAAGCCUGGAGUCGCCUCUAUGAGACUCUGAGGUUGGACUGUCCGAGGGAUCUGGAUGGGGACAGGCAACCGGAGGAGUCGGAGGAUGAAGAGGAAGAGGCCCACAAUAGCCAGAUGAUCCGCCGCUGGGUGGAUGCCUAUCUCAGGCCGCCCCUGAAGGAGCACCCCGCGCCCCUCACGGGCACCGUGGAAGCCGGCAGCAUCCUCCGUGGCUCGGCCACGGCCUGGGCGCUGGGCCGUCCGGAGGGCUCCUGGCCCUCGCGGAGCCGAGAUCCCUGGAUGGUGCCGGGACAGUACCUGCACAAGGCUGUCCUGGUGCUGUUGGCAGACUGCUCUCCCACAGAUCCAGCACCUCUGGUAUUGCUGAACGGCCCCUGCAUCGGGCACACCGCUGAAGGGCACGAGGUCUUCUUUGGUGGCCCGGGCGUGGCACAGGAAGCACGGUGUGUGGUGCCCUUACCGAGGGGCGCGGUGCUCGGGCGCUUCACCCUGCCGCCGGGCGUCCUCCAUGAGCUUCUGGGCAGCCAGGCACUUGAAGAAGCCAAGCUGGCGCGCAUGGGUGAAUUGAUGGACCUGCCACGCUCCGAACGCUGGCUGGGUGCAGGAGGAAAACUGGAGUCGCUCAACGCCGUGAAGAUGUCCUUGGAGGGCGACAGGCAGCAGAAGAAGUGGUACAAAGAGUACUUGGGCAUCACCGAUGACCAUUGAUUUGCUGGUGCUCGUUGGACGAUCAUUCCCCGUUCAUCAAUGCCUCGCGGCGUCUGAUUUUCCGCUUUCGGCGCCUGCGAGGGGUAGAGCGUUCCGGAGCCGACCGGUGGUGUCGCCGACCGGCGGCGAAGGAACCAUAUGGUGGAG